GAAACAGUUCUCAGGAUGAAAGUCACACAGAAUCAAAACUUCAGCAUGAACAAGAUAAAUCCAGCUCCCUUGCCAUUCCUUCCGUUUCCAAGCGAAUUGUGCUCGGAGAUUCUGUCUGUAAUAUGGCAGGCACAGCUGACCAUGCCGGCAGCAUGGUAGACUUCAAAGGGGAGAAGGACUUGUUUGGCAAAACUCCAGAGCUUGUCAGUGAGGGUACAAGUGAGCUCCGUCACCGAAACAGAGGGGAACUGCCAUCCGAAGCUGCACCACGGCCACCUAGACACGGAUUGGAGCAGUACUUGUCCAGAUUUGAUGAAGCUCUGAAGCUGAGGAACCAGCUGAUGAACGAGAAGCCGAGCCAAGAGAAUGGGAAUGCAGUGGAGGAGUUUGACUCUUUCCGCAUUUUUAGAUUGGUGGGAUGCGCUCUGCUUGCCAUCGCAGUCAGGGCUUUUGUGUGCAAGUACUUGUCAAUAUUUGCACCGUUUCUUACUCUGCAACUUGCUUACAUGGGACUGUCCAAGUACUUUCCAAAGUGUGAGAAGAAGGUGAAAACGACAGUAUUAACUGCUGCUCUUUUGCUGUCUGGAAUCCCUGCAGAAGUGAUUAGUCGCUCCAUGGACACCUACAGCAAAAUGGGAGAUGUUUUCACAGACCUUUGUGUCUAUUUCUUCACUUUUAUCUUUUGCCACGAACUUAUUCUGGUUUUUGGUUCCGAAGUACCGUGAUGGCUGUAGGAUUGGACGCAGUAGUUACACUAAAGCUUCCUGGACUGUAUUCCUUUAACGUCUGACUGUGUAGACAGGUUUAAACCUUCAUUAAAAUUCUUACCUGUUCAGAUUCUUUCAAGGAGCCUUAAAUUCAGUCAUGUUGGAAAAGGAAGAGCAGAGUUCCAGACUGCCAGUGGUAUCAGUUCAGUUUAUUUAAAUGCUGUGUCUGCCUGUUCCAAAUGUGAAGAAUAGGAUGCAACAAGUGUCAGUGGUUUAGUUAGAUGAUGCCCAUCUCAGCCUCCUUCAUAAACAUUUACAAAGCUGCCUUUGUCCUUUUCAGUGAGAACAAGAAGAGGAUCCCUUUCAGCAGAACCAUAUAUAUAUAUAGUGUAUGACUAUA